AUGGAUCUGGCGCAAUCAUUUGUGACCAGCUACCCUCCUCGGGUUCGACAAUACGCCAACACUCUCCUCCAGCCCGUCCUUCAAACCCAGAAUGUCGCCCCAGGAGGACGCACCACUAAACGGGGCACCACGAUAAUCAAUUAUGCCGACGAUGCAUACGAUGAAGAUGACUUUGAAGACAGCGAGGGCCCAGGUCGGCGUCUAACGGGCCUGCGUUCCCUGCGACGAGAAGACCUCGAGAAGAAAGAACCACAACAAGUCAGGCUAGGGAAAGAGUUAUAUAGACCUGUCGAUCUCCAACCGAUCUACAGGGAUUGGAUCGUCAGGCGCACAGUUAGACCAACCACGGACGCUCAAGCGCAUAUCCAAGCACAACUUCCCUUGACGCUCAUACCCAUCAGAAUAGACCUUGAUGUCCCGCCGCAUCAGCCAGAUACACCGUAUCCUAUUCCACGCGUGAUGGACCCAAUCAUAGCGAACUCGACACUUUACAAACGACCGGACAUGCUACCGGGAUACAAGAUUCGAGAUAUCUUUCUAUGGAAUCUCCAUGAGAACUUGCUCACACCUGACGAUUUUGCCAUAUCUUUCGUGAGGGAUCUCGAUUUACCGAACCAGACGGCGCUCGCUAUGAGCGUGAGCCAGCAGAUCCGGAAUCAACUCGAAGACUACGCCGGUGUCGCCAUGCAUCCGUUGUUCCAUACUCAGCCAAAACGGCAGGGCCAAAUCGCAGAGACUACCAAUGCUCCCACGCCGUCGGUCAUGCAGAAUGGAAGCUCUCGAGACGGAACCCCCAGGCUUGUCGGAGCCUCAAUAUCCCGACCAGCAUCAACGGCCCCGGGGACGCCUGCACCACAAACACCUAGACCCUCCCUUCUUCCUAAUGGAGCAACAAUUGCGGCGGUCGCGUCACCUGUGGCUGCCCCAGACCUUGCAGCGGAGCAACCUGCAGAACCAUAUGAUCCAUAUCUCAACCCUGACGAUACGUACCGUUGUAUCAUCUCAUUAUCCAUCUACCUGUCGUCAAAGCUCUAUCAGGAUAAAUUUGAGUGGUCACUACUACACCCUCCGGGAGCUGCAGAAGCCUUCGCCAAACAAACUUGCGCAGACAUGGGGCUGGGUGGCGAAUGGGUCAUGGCUAUCACCCAUGCAAUCUAUGAGGCUGUCUUGAGGCUGAAGAAAGAGGCGUGCGAGGGCGGAAUGCUCAUGCUCGGUGGCGGGACUUGGGGUGGAGGAGAGAUUGACAAUCAAGCCAUGCGACCAGAAGAAGGGGCAGGGUGGAGAUAUGACAUCGAUGACUUUGGGGCGGAGUGGGAGCCAAAGUUCGAAGCCCUGAGUAAGGAAGAGAUUGAGAAGCGCGAGGGCGAUCGAGAACGACAACUUCGGCGAUUGAGGAGAGAAACAGCCAAAUUCAGUUCAACAUCUGGAAUGGUCCUAUCUGCUAGAGAGCAAGAAGCUCAGUUGCGUGGAAGCUACUUUGAUUACACUGGAGUCGGUAUUGGCGGAGACGAAACCCCAUUGAUGGGCCGUGGAGAGCGGAGUAAGAAGAAACGAAGAUUCCGAUCACUAAGUCCUGUUGCAAAAGCGCAAACUCCGGAAGGUGGCAGUUCGGCCGGCGCAGGCUGGGGUGGCGAAGGAAAUCGUCUGCAAGAAUAUGAGAGACAGAACUGGAGGUGUAAGCACUGUCUGAUAUGGGGUAAUGCCGUCUGGGCUGUGCGAGAUGGGCCACUUGGACCAAGGACACUCUGCAAUAAUUGCGGCUUGAUUUACGAACGGGACAAGAGACUUCCAGUGUGGUCACGAGACCUGCACAGAAUUGCACAACCGUUGGGCAGAUGA